CCCUAACCAUGAGCAACGGCACGGAGGUUCGGUAAAGCGCAGUGUGGCGUUCCCCGCUGGUGAUGGCCUCUUCGAGCUGGGCCCCUCCUCGGCUCGAUGACUUCAUUCUGACGGAUAAGCUCGGCAGCGGGACCUAUGCCACAGUGUACAAGGCUUACCGGAAGCGGAACACACGUGAAGUGGUGGCUGUCAAAUGUGUCAGCAAGAAAAGCUUGAACAAAGCAUCGGUGGAGAACCUUCUGACCGAGAUCGAGAUCCUGAAGACAGUUCGUCACCCGCAUAUCCUCGAGCUGAAGGACUUCCAGUGGGACCGGGACUAUAUAUUUUUAAUCACAGAGUACUGUCCAGGGGGCGAUCUAUCACGCUUUAUCCGAACGCGUAGGAUUCUUCCUGAAAGCAUUGUACAGAUCUUCCUUCAGCAGCUAGCAAGUGCUCUUAAGUUCCUGUAUGAGAGAAACAUUUCCCAUUUAGACCUGAAACCUCAGAAUAUUCUCCUCAACAGCUUGGACAGACCUCAUCUCAAGUUGUCUGAUUUUGGUUUCGCUCAGCACAUGUCUUCUCAGGAUGAAACCCAGGAUCUGAGAGGCUCUCCUCUUUAUAUGGCUCCAGAGAUGAUCUGCAGCAGGCACUAUGAUGCCAGGGUGGAUCUAUGGUCUGUCGGCGUCAUUCUGUAUGAGGCUCUUUUUGGGAAGGCACCAUUUGCAUCCAAAUCCUUCUCAGAACUGGAGGAAAAAAUCCGCAGUGGCCGAACAAUAGAGAUUCCCACCAGGCCACGAGUGUCCCCUAAAUGCCGGGACCUGUUGCAGAGGCUUCUGAAGAGAGACCCCGAUGAACGAAUUUCAUUCCCAGAAUUCUUCACUCAUCCAUUUGUGGACCUGGAGCACAUGCCAUGUGAAGAGUCUCUACAGAAGGCUGCCUCCCUGGUUAUUGAAGCUGUGGAGAAGGAUGCGGCUGAAGAUUUUGCCACUGCUCUCACACUAUAUUGCAGAGCCCUGGAUUAUUUCAUCCCUGCCCUGCACUAUGAAACAGAUGCCAGAAGAAAACAAGCUUUGAGGUCAAAGGUCUCCCAGUACGUCUCUAGAGCAGAGGAACUGAAGGUCCUGGUGUCCUCAAGUAACAAAACUCAUUUGAUGCAAGGCCACUCAUCACGGGAACUCUUGAGGGAAAUGGCCCAGGACAAGCCGCGUCUAUAUGCUGCUUUGGACGUGGCCUCGGCUGCUGUUGCUAAGGAUGAGGAGGGUUUGAUGGUCGAUGCCCUCGACCUAUACCAGCAGAGUCUGGGGGAGCUGCUACUAAUGUUAUCAGCUGAGCCACCUGGAAGAAGGAGAGAGCUAUUGCAUUCAGAGAUUCAGACACUUAUGAGACGAGCAGAAUUCCUAAAAGAGCAGAUGAAGACAUCUGACUGGAAGUCUGAAUCCCUUGAUCAGGAAGGCCUCUCGGAGUCUGUUCGAGGCUCAUGUUCGUUGCAGUGACCACCUGCUGAUGCACACCGACUACUGUGUGAUUUUACAUGUUCCUUUUUAUGUAUGUAUUGCAUUGUGAUUAUAUAAUAACUAACAAUGAUUAAAUUAUUUUCAACUGCU